ACAAUUCCUUAAUGUCAUCUGUGUCCUUCAUUAACAACCUUUCCCCAGAAAAAGUGCUAAAUAAUCCUUCCACUGAUGAGGACUCAGGCUCUGAACACUUAUCUGUCAAAAAACAAGUGACUGCGUGGUGUUCUUCGUCUGAUGGUGAAUUUGAACACAAGCCUUCAAUAGCACUUAAGGCAAAAAGGACCCUUAGAAGAAGGAGAAAACUAGAAAAGGAAACAAAGCAACUGGUUAAACAAGAGGAGCUGAAAAGACUUCAUAAAGCCCAGGCUAUACAGCGCCAACUGGAAGAAGUGGAGGAAAGACAGAGGGCCCUAGAGAUAAAUGGUGUUAAACUGGAGAGGGAACUGCGAGGAGAAUCAGAUUCAGGCACACAGGAUGAAACUCAACUGUUACAUGAAUGGUUUGAGCUGGUCCUGGAGAAGAAUAAAUUAGUGCGUUAUGAGUCUGAGCUCUUGAUCAUAGCCCAAGAACUAGAACUGGAGGACCACCAAAGAAGAUUGGAGCAGAAACUGAGAGAGAAAAUGGCCAUUGAUGAUAGCCUAAAAGAUGAACGAGAAUUGAACGAGGAACAUGAAAUUUUUACUGAGAUGAUGAAAGUGAUUGAAGAAAGGGACAAACUUGUGUCUUCCUUAGAAGAGCAGAGACUGAAGGAAAAGGCAGAAGAUCAGCACUUUGAAAGCUUUAUAUUAUCUAAGGGUUAUCAACUCACCAGGACUUAGCCACAUGCAAAUAUCUGGAACUUCAGCUACAUUAACCAACAUGGAGACAGUCUUUUGGCAAAGAUCUGGCUGAAAUUGAAGGAAUCAUAUCAUUUUAGUAUUAAACACUUUUAAACAGGCUCUUUGUUUGCACAACAGUGUCUCUAGUUCCACAUAGAUGAUUACAGGAAGAAACAUCGCAAUCUCAUUGUCAGCAAAAAGGGCUAGUCAUCCUGUGAGAUGUAAAAGAACUGAAUUCACCUGUGUGAUGGACAGUGUGUGAAAAUUACACAGGAGCCAUCCACUGUUUUCCUUUUCCCUGUAAUUUUAUUUUAAUUCUGAGCACAGAGUUUCUAGAGACGUAACUACAUGAUCUGGUACUUUUGAAACAGCAAAAUUUUCCAUUCGUUUGUCUGAAUCUGUGUGUAUUUUUGUUUCUAUUUUGGCAUGGCUGAGCCACAAUGAACUGUAUUCAAGUGUCAAAAAUAAGCAUCACCAAUGUAAAAAUCAGGUUAGUGUUUAAAAUGUAUUUCUAAAGGUGGACGGGAAGAGUCUUUAGAAUACUGACUACACAUGUUGUAAAUAACAAGUGUAAAUGCAAAGUCAGGCAAAUUUAAUUAUCAGGUGUAUUUGCAAGCUUGAGUGCACUGUAUGUAUUAAAUGAGGACUUAAUACAAUAUUAAAACCUUACAUUAUGUAAAACUGUAACUUAAUACCAAAGGGAUUACUAUUCUUAACAAAAUGUUGUAGAGUCAGAAGACCUUUUGUCUAUAGCUGACCAAAGUAAUCACUGAAAUAUGCUUGAAGAACAUUUUAAAAAAUUGAUUAACAUGUAUAUGGUAGGUUUUUCAAUAUGCAUUCUUCACAAAAGCAUGUAUUAUAUCUCAAAGUUAUCACUAGUUAGAGACUUGGCACAGAAUAACAACAAAAACUGUGGCAAAAUUAUUUUCUGCAUUUUUAUGCUGAUAUUUGAUUGCUGCUAAGAUGAAUGCAUAAAUAAGACUGUCAAAGCUAUAUCUGUUGAAUGCAUUUUUUACUUUAAAAAACAUAGAAAAGUGCUUUCUAGCUUUUCUUGCACACGCACAGACAUAAUAGAUUUUGUGCAAAAGACUUCUUUAGGCUAUGUUUUCAAUUUACUGUGCGCAGUCUUCUAAAUCUGAGAUGAUUUUGUAAUUUACAGUUGAUUGUUUCUCCCAGUUGUAUGUAUGAUAGUCUGAAAAUUCAGUAUAAGAGACAUGGAGAAACUGGAGGACUGUUUUUGAAUAUUGUUUUACCUCAUUUUCUGACUGGAAGGGUUUACUGUUCUCAUUACUAAAUGAAAGGUGCUUAAAUGCUGUUUCUGCCUACAGUUCAGCAGAGGCAAAGGAAACUCUUCUAAAUGUAAUUGUAAAAGCUUUAGGCUAAUAAAAGCCCACUACACACUGGAUUUUGUUAAAAUAAUUUAUAAUCUACCUUAGUUUUUGUUACACUGAAUUUUCUUAUAAUACAUAUUUUUAAAGAUAAAAUCCAGAUUUUAUCAUCCAUGGAUUAUCAAUAUAUUGUACCUCUGUAGGGGGUGAGAUAAG